UGCCGCCACAAAAACUAAUCAAAGAAAUAAAGAAAAGUUGUAUUGAUUGUUCGUAAUCGCUUUCAUUGCGUCCUUCAGUGACGAUUCCAUCGCCUUCGACGGUUCAGUUGUCCGCCGACGCUGAUAUUCGCCUCCGCCGGAGCAUAGGAAAUGACUGGUUCAACUGAGAGCAAUAGGGGUGUACCAAACUUGUUUAGUUACUACCGAUCUCAAGCUGCGGCGCUCUUCUCUGAAGACGAUACCCCAUUUCAUGAUCCACAAGCCAAAGAACAGCUUUCUGCUGACACUAUAGGAGCUGAGAUGUCACAUCUCAGAAGAGAAAAAUUGAAUGCAUUACUUAAGCAGUGUGUGAAGGAUUUGAAUCAAGAGGCUGAUGAGAUGCUGGAGCCUGUUCGCUCCUUGUACUUACUUCAAUCUCAGCUCAGAAACAAAACUGCCCCAUCCUCGCUUAUUUCUGAAGAUGUCACAAGUGGAGAGGAUAUUGAAUUACUUCUGGCUUCUGAUAGCAAGCUUCUCGAGGAAACAGUGAGCAAUUAUUCCAGUGAACUACUUGCCAAACUGGACAGUAUGGAGCAGGAACUCGAGAAACUACUUGACAAUGUGAUGACUGCUUGCAGACCUAUGACCCGCGCUGAAAAGAGAGAUCUUCAGAAAUCAAUUAAGGAGUUACCUGCGGGAAAUCUUGACCGUGUUGCUGAAAUCACCCAAAACCAUUAUUUAGCUAGUGGGAAAGAUUUCUCUAAUGAGGUUUUAGUUGACCUGGAGCAGGGGGACAAUAUAAUGCUCUGGAGGUUGCAUUUCUACGUUCAAGCGGUUAAGAGUGCCCAAAGACUGGCAGCCCACAAAGGGGACACGGUAAAUGUGUUCCAUCCGGACUCCCUCUAUAAGUUAUACGAAAGAGAAGAUGAAACUUGGGUUUCCUAAGGCUUAAAGCUAGAUGAUUCAAUUUUGCUUGUCAAGCUUUGCUUUUUUUCAAUCUAAAGUAAAUAAGGUAACCUCUUUUUUGGUUGGACUUAUCCAUGAAACAAGUUAGUAGAUAUUUUCUUGGCACAUUUUCUUGGAGUAAUUUUGAUAAAACGAUUUUACCCACAGGUUUUCUUAGGUUUCUAGCUCUAGAAAACCAAUCUUUUUCACGUAUUAAUUAUAAUAUCUAAAUAAGAGAUGGUAUUUGGGGGUUCGGUAUAACAGACACGGUAAAUUUCAACGAUAUUUUCGAGUGCUUCUCUGUGUUGGUAAUUUAGGUGAGGAAAAGUGUGUUAUAGGAGCCCUAUAUGAUAUUGUAGAAACUCGUUCAUUAAGGAUGUAAUGAAGAUGUGUAGUCUUGUUCAUAUCAAUUCAAAUGCCGUGAUCUGCAUUCUGAAUCUUUCGAAAGCUUCAUCAUCAAGGUAUUUGUUGUCAUCACAGAUUCAUCGAUAGGAUGAUAACUCAUUGCGUAGUUCGCGCAAAUAGGGCAAGAAAUUUAUGGUUAAGCAAUUCCACACACAUUGGAGUUUGAUGGUUUUGCCUUUUUUUCUACAGACUAAUAACAGGUAACUGAUACCGAGGUGGUGAUGACACUUUCCUUCAUGUCUCGUGAAGCCAUUGUACAAACGGAUCUGAGGGCUUCAGUUUUGGUAUCUGUAAAAUUUGGACAUCAAGGGAGUUCAGCUCCUACAUUUUGGGAAAAGCGGCUCUGUUCUGUUUAAGAAAAAAAAAACUUUUUUGGUUAACACUGACAGUUUUUCCCCAAAUCAUGUACUUAAGCAUGCAUGUGAGUCAGAAGGUAUAUCUAGCAGACUAGCAGCGGUUCUUCUUCUGAAAUCUCCUUAUGAGUUAGAGUUGUGUUGUUGUACCGGAUCUUGUCCCGGUUCAUCAACUGGAUACCAAACCGGUUUCAUCUCUGAAGUCCCAACCAUGCUGCAAUUUUUCCUA